AUGGCACCCACUAUCCUCUUCGUCCCCGGUUUCUGGGAGGGCCCCAAAGUCUUCUCCCCCGUAUGCGAUCUCCUGCAGGCUGCCGGUUUGAAGACCGAUGUCUGCACACUACCCAGCACAGGAACCACCUCGCCCGGGAACCCGACUAUGGCCGAUGAUAUAGCCGCCGUGCGCGACCAUCUGACGAGCAUCGUGCAGCGCGGAGAAGAGGUAAUUCUCGUAUUGCAUUCAGCCGGUGGAUUUCUCGGCAGCGCUGCCAUGGAGGGCCUCAGCAAGUCGGCUGUUGGACAGGGUGGAGUCGUCAAGAUUGUCUUCUUGACUGCAGCGGUUUUCCCCGAAGGCCACGAGCACGAGGAUAUGCCAUUUGCUGUUGUCGAGGGAGGUGCGAUGUACUGUGCCAAGCCCGAGGUGCUUCUUUUGGACGAUGUCCCCGAGCCAGAGAAGGCAGAGUGGCUGGCUGAGCUUAAGCCCCAGCCGGCUGAUGGUUGGAACGGCACGGUACCCUACGCGGGGUGGAAGGAUGUGCCCAGUGUUUACCUCGUCUGCGAGGGAGAUAACGCUCUUCCAGCGGGCCUGCAGGAGCAACUAGCGAACCUGGCCGGAAGCCAGAUUGAGCGGUGCAGUGCUGGCCACAUGCCACAGAUAAGUCAGCCUUCGCGGGUGGCAGAGGUUAUUCGUGCUGCAGCGGCGUCUACUUGA